AUGGCAGGUGGAUUCGUAGAUUCUGGGUCUCUCAAGAGGGCUCAUCUUUAUGAGCAUAAGAUUACUGCAUAUCUUAUAUUUUCUUGUGUUAUUGGAGCUCUCGGUGGAUCUCUAUUUGGAUAUGAUCUUGGUGUUUCCGGAGGAGUUACCUCUAUGGAUGAUUUCCUCAAAGAAUUCUUCCCACAUGUGUAUGAGAGGAAGCAUGCAAAUCUUGAAGAAACCGAUUAUUGUAAAUACGAUGAUCAAAUGUUGACACUUUUUACUUCAUCUCUCUACUUUGCUGCUCUUAUUUCAACAUUUGGUGCUUCAAGUUUAACAAAAAACAAAGGCAGAAAAGCUAGUAUCUUAGUUGGUUCUGUAAGCUUCUUUAUAGGAGCAGUUCUCAAUGCAGCUGCCAUGAAUAUUGCAAUGUUGAUCAUUGGACGUAUUCUUCUUGGUGUUGGUAUUGGAUUUGGAAACCAAGCUGUUCCUCUAUAUCUAUCAGAAAUGGCACCUGCAAAAAUCAGAGGAGCAGUGAACCAACUCUUCCAACUAACAACAUGUUUAGGAAUUUUGGUUGCUAACCUUGUGAAUUAUGGAACUGAGAAACUUCAUCCAUGGGGAUGGAGAUUAUCCUUAGGUUUAGCUACAGUUCCGGCAACACUCAUGUUCGUUGGAGGAAUUUUCUGUCCCGAAACACCAAACAGUCUUGUAGAACAAGGCAGAAUCGACGAAGGAAGAGUGGUGUUGGAGAAAAUUAGGGGAACUAGGAAUGUUGAUGCUGAAUUUGAUGAUCUUCUUGAGGCUAGCAAUGAGGCAAAAUCAAUUAAGAAUCCAUUCCAGAAUCUACUUUUGAGAAAGAAUAGACCUCAAUUCAUUAUUGGUGCAUUGUGUAUUCCAGCAUUCCAACAGUUAACUGGAAAUAACUCCAUUUUGUUCUAUGCUCCUGUCAUUUUUCAGACAAUCGGAUUCGGAUCUGGCGCAUCUUUGUAUUCAUCUGUUAUUACAAGUGUAGCACUUGUUCUUGCUACACUCAUCUCAAUGGCUUUAGUUGACAAGUUUGGAAGAAGAGCUUUCUUUAUAGAAGCUGGUAUUGAAAUGACAUUAUGCAUGGUUGCUACAGCUAUAGUUUUGGCUGUUUGUUUUGGAAAUGGAAAAAAACUAUCAUUUGAAGUUGCUAUCUUUCUAGUCAUAGAGAUUUUCCUAUUUGUUUUGGCAUACGGAAGAUCUUGGGGUCCAUUAGGAUGGUUGGUUCCUAGUGAGCUAUUUCCAUUAGAGAUAAGGUCAGCUGCACAAAGUGUUGUCGUGUGCGUCAACAUGAUCUUCACUGCCAUUGUGGCACAGUUCUUCCUUGUGUCACUUUGCCACCUCAAAUACGGAAUCUUCUUGCUCUUUGCCGCAUUGAUUACCCUUAUGAGUUGUUUUGUCUACUUCUUCCUGCCAGAAACAAAGCAAGUUCCAAUUGAAGAGAUUUAUCUUCUAUUUGAGAAGCAUUGGUUCUGGAAGAAAGUGAUCAAGGAAGAAAACAAUGGGACUGCAACAAAUGCAUAAGCCAAAAUAUCGAAUUUUGUUUCUUCAUAAAUUUUUUUAUAGGCAAAUGUUUGUUGUUCAAGUUAGGGAGUGGAGGAAUCUCUUAGCAACAGAGAUCGAAUCUCAGACCUCCUGCAUAAUACUCCUUCGGCAUCUCAACCCAUUCACUACACCAUUGAGAACUUUUUCCUUCCGAUUUUAAAUAAGAAAUGUUGCUAUUUUCUUCACGUGUUGAUACUCUUUUGUUCAUAUGUUGAUGUUCUUUUCAAUGAAGAAUUUACUU